AUGCCAAGGAGACGAAACGGUGAGAUACCCUUGCCCGACGGAUGGGAUUAUGCGAGGGACUUCGAUGGAAAACUGUAUUUCAUCGACCACAACAGUAGAAAAACGACGUGGAUCGACCCGCGAGACAGAUACACAAAGCCCCAAACAUUCGCGGACUGCAUUGGCAAUGAGCUGCCACUUGGUUGGGAGGAGGCCUACGAUCCUCAGAUCGGCCCAUAUUAUAUCAAUCAUGUCAAUCAGGUGACGCAGCUCGAAGAUCCAAGGCUAGAAUGGCUGAGCAUUCAAGAAGCGAUGCUGCGGGACUACCUGCACACGGCGCAGGAGGCUCUCGAGCCAUUCCAUGAGGAAGCUACUGCCGGCUCGGAAUGCAGUUUUGCUGAGAGUCCGGCUAGAAACUCAAUAGCUGAGUUGUCAGUU